CCUGCAUUAUAAAUAGCAGUCAGUGCCUCCCAACCUUUGAAGCAAAACAAUUCAAUUUCCUCUGAAAUAACUUUCCAUUGUUCUCUGUUCUCACUCCCAAAAAAAAAAAAAUGUCUGGCUGUGGAGGAAAUUGUGACUGUGGCUCUGACUGCAAGUGCGACAAAUGUGGGAUGUACCCUGACAUAGAGAACACCACCACAACAACCAUCAUCGCUGGUGUUGCACCACCAGUGACCAUGUACUCUGAGGGAUCGGAGAAAAGCUUUGGAGCAGAAGGAGGGCAUGGUUGCAAGUGCGGAUCAAACUGCAAGUGUGACCCUUGUACCUGUUAAAAUGAAC